UUAGCGAGGAAGUAGACCGCUGCCUGCCUUUAUUGUUUCUUACUGAUUUUCUCUUUUCGGAUAGCUUAUAUGAAACAAACGCUAAACGUUUAAAAACUGGUUGAGCUUUAGCGUAUCCCAAUCUUGUGCCACUACAGACACCGCCGCGAGUCUUUCUGUUAGCCAUUUGCUAGCAGGCGUUGGCUAACUGGUUACUCUUCACCAUGGCAGGUGCGCCAAAUGCAAACCUUAACGCGGUCCGGGAGACUAUGGACGUGCUGCUGGAGAUUUCCAGGUUACUGAACACUGGUUUGGACAUGGAGUCUCUGUCUAUAUGUGUGCGACUGUGUGAGCAGGGCAUCAACCCAGAAGCUCUGUCUGCUGUCAUUAAAGAGCUGCGAAAAGCUUCUGAAUCCUUGAAGGCCUCUGAAAACUGCUCCAACUGAAGCUGCAGCCUGAACAUCUCUGUGAUGGAGUUGUAUUGGGAUCAUUCCUUGAUCCCAGACCUGCACCUACAACAGGUUUCCAGCCAAAUGACUUGCCUGUAUGUUGGCUCAGUCCAUUGAGCCUCAUUGGUGACUUGCCUGUUCUGUCGUGAGCUUUGACUUGUGUGUCUGAGUCUUUGUGUAGAGGUUCAGUCUUCUUGCUAAACACAAGUCUUCUCAUGACACAAGGAUAUGCAUGCUUAGCCGUUCUGCCAUGAAUUUAGCCUUGCUCAAAGUUUCUUGUACAGUGUGAAUUCAGUGUGGCGUGUGUACAUGCAUCCUUCCUCGAAUUAACAGCCAACGUCUUUUGCUGUUGCCGUCAUGCACAGCACUUUUCAUUAAGACUUUUCAAGUGAUAUUUCAUGAAGUACAUUGUUUGUUGUCUUAAUUUUGUGCAAGCAUUGUUAAUUUUUUUAAUUAAUCUUAAGCAUUUCCCUUUGUGUAAUGAUGAAUGAUGGAUCAAAGUCUAAAUUAAAAUGUUACACUUUGCAGCCACAA